AUGCGAGGCGCCGGCGGGGGAAGCGGCGGCGGGCUGCUCCUGCCGCUCUUCGGCGACUGGGAGCAGGAGUGGCCCAGAGGGCUCAGGAUCGUCCUCUACCUCAUGGGGCUGGUAUGGCUGUUCAUGGGGGUUGCCAUCGUUAGCGACGUCUUCAUGGCGGCCAUCGAGAAGAUCACCUCCAAGAAGAGAUUGGUCAAGGUGGCCAGCCGCGCGUCCAGGGUGGGAGACUCCGACGAGAAGUGGGAGACGACCAAGGUCUGGAACGACACCGUGGCCAACCUGACCCUCAUGGCCUUAGGCUCCAGCGCCCCCGAGAUCUUGCUGAGCGUCAUUGACCUCUUCAAGAAGGAGUUCCGGGCGGGCGAGCUGGGGCCCUCCACGAUCGUGGGCAGCGCUGCCUUCAACCUGCUGGUCAUCAGCGCGGUAUGCGUCACGGCAAUACCCGAUGGUGACGUCCGGACGAUCAAGGACGUGAACGUCUUCUUUGUGACUGCCUCGUUCUCAAUCUUUGCUUACGUGUGGCUGUACUUCUGCGUCGCGAUCCACACGGACAACGAGGUGUCCAUCGGGGAGGGCAUCGCCACCCUCGCCUUCCUCCCCCUGCUGGUGUUCUUGGCCUACGCGGCCGACCAGGGCUUCUGGAUGGGGAGUCCUAAGGUCCCCUGCAUCCAGGUCAUCGACGAGCACACCACGAAGGAGGACCUGGCGGCCAUGCAGAGGCAAGUGCUGGCAGAAGAUCCCAGAUUAGCGUUGACGAAUGAGGAGCUCGCAAGAAGAACCUACGAGAGGUUCAAGCCGAAGCCCACGCGCGCCACCUACCGGAUCGCCGCCGUCCGGAGCGCCAUCGGCACCGGCGGAGCGGGUGGCGGCCCGUUGCUCGGCAUCAGGCCCAGCAAGAACUCCGUCGUGUCGGACUCCUCCGUCACCAUGGACAAGAUCGGCGACAAGGUGAUGAGCGUGACGGAGGACGCGUGCGGCUCGGACCCGGGCGACACGAUCCGCCGGGCCCAGUGUACUAUCGAGUUUGUUUCGGGGUCCUUCUCCGUGAUGGAGAACUGCAAGACUGCUCUCAUCGGCAUUCGACGGGUCGGCAACGUGAACAAGAGGGUCACGGUGCAGUGCAGGACCCGCCCGGGCACGGCCGCGGCGUGGAGCGAGGCGGAGAAGACCGGGGACUACAAGUCCCUGGACGAGACGCUGGAGUUCCUGGAGGGGGAGUCGCACAAGUCGAUCUCGAUAGACAUCGUGAACGACGAGGAGGUCGAGGGCGACGAGGACUUCUACGUGGACCUCCUCAACCCGACGUGCGAGGACGAGCGAGGCCUCGCGACGCUCGGCGCCAAGGCCACGUGCAUCGUGAAGAUCGUGGACGACGACGACCCUGGCACCCUGCAGUGGGGUAGCGAGGAGACCUACAUCGAGCAGGCCAACGAGGACCUGCCUCUCCAGCUCACCGUGGAGCGGAAGGAUGGAUCCGUCGGUGACAUAACGGUGCGCUACUUCACGGAGGACGGCGACGCCGUCGGCGGGUGGGACUUCGACCACGUGGACGACGUCCUCACGAUGAAGGCCCAGCAGGAGGAGGCCACGGUGACGAUAAACAUCAAGCCCGGGAGGGGGCGGUACGAGAAGAAGGAGACCUUCAGGGUGAUCAUGAGCAACCCGACUGGGGGCGCCAAGAUAAACCAGUACACGGACGGCGGCCCCGAGUGCAACAUCUGCACCGUGACCAUCCGUCAGCGGGGAGGGGGAGCGCAUCGACCGAGUCUUUUCGCUGCUGAAGCUUAA